AUGAUUGGGUUAAUUGACGACAUAAUUAACUGAUGAUUUUUAAUUUCAUUUGCAGCUGCACCAAGUGGAGGCCCCUAUGGACACCGAGACCCAGAUGGACAGCCCCCAGUCCACCAUGUCCACUCAGCUGCAUCUGACCACAGCAGGUGGAGAAAUACUCAGCCCUGAUCAGCUGGCUCACCUGAACACUUCCCAGCUGCAAGUGCAGCUGAUUUCUGCCCCUGCACCUGACGACCAUCACCAACAGCAACCACACCAGCAACACCAACGUUGUGGUAGCGCUGGUGAUGUCCAGGAAACUGCUUUGGUUGAAUUAACGUCCAGCGAUCAACAUAACAUCGACGGUAGCAACAUAGUUAGCGUUACUGGACUCACUAGCAUCAGCAACAUGGGUAACAUCACAUGGCGUACUGCACCUGUGACAUCACAUGCAACAUAUUAUGAUACCCCGCUCACUUCCGCUACCAACACCAUGCUCAACAUACAUGGUCUGGAUGACACAACAGUCACCGUACCCAUACUCUACGAGACAUCGUAUCGUCAUGAUGAUGGGAGCCCAGGCGUUGCUACGGUCCUGGACUCGAAGCUGACCAAUGGAAGCGGAGGGACUCUGGGCCAUGUAUACAUGGUGGGCGGGACAAGCGAUGGUGGUGUCAAGCGCGAACCUGAGGACCUUACCCGCAGGUCUAUCAGUCCUUCUCCUCACUUGAUCGUAGACAGACGACGUAUGGUGCUGCUGCAGCCCUCGGUCAUAGAAGGGUCUACAGCCAGGCUUGAUCAAGCGACUAAACAAGAACUAGAGGCACAAAUUAAAGAAGAAGGCGGUGAUAGGCCACGUCUGGCACAGACUGCCGCCUUCACUAUUGUGUCUUCGCAGCCUUUGGAUUCAUCCGAUUCUAAAAUGAGUGCCGGGUUUAUUAAUUUUCCACCCGCACCUGCUUCACAGUCGGGUUUUGAACAUGUGUAUCUCAGUCCUCCUCCACAGUCUUACACUACCACAGCUUCCCCAGUGAUACGAGGUACUACAACCUCAUACACCGCGCCUGAUCCAUAUUACCAUGACUAUUACAGACCCAAUGAACCACAACACACACUUGUGCGUUCCGAAUAUGCCGCCUCAGAUACCUUCGACAGAUAUGCCAGACCUGGCAAAAAUUAUCAGUCUUCCCUCAACCUGACAGUGGAUUCGUCUCCAGAUUCAGGCACUUCAUCGGACCCUGGAAGAGAUCACUCACUUUUCAAUACACAGAGUUUUACAUACGAAGAAAUAAGUGCACCCAACGGGGGCAGUUCUGCACUGAUCGGCUCCGAUAUCCGCACCGUGGCCAUCGCUAACUCGUCCCCCAACCCCCAGCGGAUGACCCCCUCCCUCCUCGCCCACAACCCCUCCACACCAUCACCCCUCACCACCACCACCGUCACCACCAGACCCUGGCCAGACUAUGACAGACAUCAUGAAGAGAACGAUAAUAAGAUUCAAAUUCCUAAAAUUCAUACCGACGAUGACAAAAUUCACAUCCCUAAAGCGCCUUCGAUAUUUGGGUUCAAAUUCUUCUUCGAGGCUCCGAUUUCCACGUCGCAGAGGCGAGAAGACGACCGCAUGACGUACAUAAACAAGGGACAGUUCUACAGCAUCACCAUGGACUAUGUUGCGGACCCCGACAGACCACUUAAAAGCAACACAGUUAAGAGUAUCGUCAUGUUGAUGUUCAGAGAAGAGAAAACUCCGGAAGAUGAAUUAAAGGCCUGGCAUUUCUGGCACGGCAGGCAGCACUCGGUCAAACAACGCAUCAUCGAUGUCGAUACGAAGAACAGCUCGGGUAUUAUUGGCUCUAUUGAAGAGAUAUCACACAACGCCAUCUGCGUGUACUGGAACCCAAUGGAGAGCAGCGCUAAGAUUAACGUGGCGAUCCAGUGCCUGAGUACAGACUUCAGCAGCCAAAAAGGCGUUAAGGGAUUACCGCUGCACAUACAAAUUGAUACUUACGACGACCCUAGGGAAACUGGAUACCCAGUCUUCCACAGAGCUUACUGCCAGAUCAAGGUCUUCUGUGAUAAGGGCGCGGAACGCAAAACUCGCGACGAAGAAAGACGUGCACAGAAAAGGCGGAUGACGCAGACGUCCCGCAAAAAAUACGAGGAUUUGUACCAUCCGCAGUGCGACAGAUCCGAGUUUUACAGCAUGGCUGAUCUGCACAAGGAAACGGUGCUAUUUCACCCCAGCGAAGACACUCCCUACAUGAACAUGGACACGCAGACCUGCUUUUACAGCCAUGACACCGAAAAUGGUUCAUGCGGUGCUGGAUCGAUGGAAAUCCCCACAGCCCCAACAUCUUCUUCCCCAACAUCCUUAUCUCCCCACGCCCAACACAUCAUCUCCCUACCAGCCCAUAGCAUUUCCCCUUCUCCACAUCCGCUAUCCCUAACGUCUGUCACUAAUCAUGCAUCUUUGAAUAAUGUUAAUCUCUCUCGUAGCUCUCCACCUUCAUCGUCAUCCACUCUUCUAUUGUUUUCAACCUCAUCGCCAACCCCGACGUGUUCGACAUCCACUAUAAUCUCAUCCAAUAUCGGUCACGCUCACUUAUUGUCAUCCAAUCACGGUAGUCCUUUAGACGGCCAACAUAUGUAUUCGCAGCCGCAAUCUCCUCUCCUAAACCAAACCAUAAUUUCUAACAACCAUCAAUCAAAACUUGAAUCCUCGACAUUAUCACCGCGGGCUCCCAAUUCUCCGCUAGACCGGACCACGUUGCGCGGUUCUUACCAGUCCCACCGACCUGACAAUUCCAGUCUUGCCUGCAAUGGCAUGGUCACUACCGCUCAUGCGGUCUCAGGGUCUCCCUCACCAGCUGUCUUCAUCAAAGCCAUCGGCAGUCCUGUCAACUGUGAACUAAAGAGCAUGAACGGCGCAGUGGUGAACCCGGCCAGUCCUGUGGAAGACAUGUUCCCGUCGCACCUCAGCAAGCGGUCCCGCCUCUACCCGCCCCGCAGUGAACGAGUCAUGGUCUACGUGAGGAGACCUAAUGAAGGGGUCUACACUCCCCUGCAUAUAGUGCCCCCUAAUACCAGUGGUCUGCUUAAUGCUCUCCAACAAAUGUACGAAAUCCCAGCAAACUCCAUCUACAGCCUCAUCAAGAAAACGGUUGAUGGGAUACGCGUGCGUCUCGAGGACGACAGCAUCAGGCUGUACAACAACGAAGCUGUCUUCGUCGUAGAGAUCGCGAGACACGACACAGACAAGUACGAGGUCAUCAUGGUCGAGGAGGACAGAAAAGCUAAGAGAGAAAUGCAGUGACCACCCACAAGUACGAGGUCAUCAUGGUCGAGGAGGACAGAAAAGCUAUGAGAGAAAUGCAGUGACCGAACACUUCUCUCGAAUACGAUGGCAAAAACAAUUGAAUCAUGCAAAGUUUAACUCGAUUGACGCAGUGAUUGACGGAGUAUACGAAACUAACCUCCUUCCGAAAAAAUGAUUUAUUGAUGAAAAAGAAAGAUGAAGCCCGAAACAGUUUAAAUUAAAUACUACAGACAUCAAUAUGCAGACUAUGGUCACAUUCUUUCAUCAAAAUUCAACGCGGCAGAAAGUAGUGUGCCUUGCUAACGAGUUUGUACAGUAAUGCCAGCGGUGUAACUCCAUGUAAAAUAAGAAUUGAAAAAAGUUAAACUAAGCAGAGGGAUGGAUUCAGGUUUUAAAUAAUUAUAAUUGGUAGAAUAAUUUUAAAAUUUACGAGUGCUGAAUAGAACAGAUAUUAGCAUAUAGGCAAGUAAAGUUACAUGCCGGUUCUUUGUACAUACGAUCUUAAUGAAAAAUGUUUUACGCAGUUUUAAGUAUUGAAGCAUUAAGAUGAAAAUUAGCCGAAGUAAUCUUAAAUAAAGCGUGCCAAUUAAUUCUGUUGUUUCAUGUUGAAACACUCAGAAUUGCCCGUUGAUUUGUUAUGUUAAGAUAUUUUUCUCUAAGUGUUCUAACUUAAGAAAUGUGGUGAUCUCCGACAAGAUUCGCAUAUACUUUUUAUUUUAAACUUUUACCAAGUGAAGGACUCAAGUUUCAUAAAGAAAUCGAUAAUAAAAUAACAAAACCGAUGAUAAAGCUCGCUCUAGCACAUAAGUGAUAUCUAGUGAUAUCUUCAGAUUAUUUAUAUCAUUCGGCAGAGAUAUUGGCUGAUAUCUUAUUGCCAUUUAUAAAUUUUUAAGGCAGCUUAGGCUGGUUCCUAGCUUUUAACAUUCAGCAGGUGGUAAUAUAUCCUGCCUUUUACCAACAUAACUUUUAUUCACGAUAUUUUAUCUGUUAUCUGAGAUAUUUGAUAUGGAAAAUGAGCGGCAUUAUCCUAGUUAUACGCGUCGUGUUGCUUUGAUAAAGUCUUAAUAUUUAGCUUUUUGAUAUUCUCUGUCUAAAAAAACUUGGCUCAAUGAAACGGCCUCGCACUAUCACAAACAUUUAAAUAUUCGUAACUCUUCCCGCUAAUCACCAACAGCUUUUCAGACUAAACCUAUCAAUCACAGAUAAGAAAUUGGCAUCUACAUGUAAUUAAGUGAUUUUUUUGAUAGUACGGCUCCUGGUUAAUAAAGAUUAUUUUGUUUAAAUUCCAGAAAAAAUUUUUGAGACGCUCAGGACGAAUUCCCAAGUAGACGAAAACUUUCAGAUUGUGUGCCUGUAAAUAUCAAUUUACCGAAGUGCUUACGCAACCCCAACACUUUCUCUUUAUUUUGUAAGUUCGAUCCUCACGGAUUAUUUUUCAUUAGAUUCAAAUUUUCCUUCUCCAAAAAUAUUUGCGACGUCAUUGUAAAUGGCGUAGCGGUUGCCUUUGUUGCCAUUUUAUUUCAUUUAGUUUGUACAGAAAUUUCCUUAUUAUUUCAGGAAUCCUAUUUCGGAUAACAUUUUUACCUGAACAUCGCUGAACAUGAACGCUUUUUGCUUGUAACUGAAUGAGUUUUGUACAUAAAUGAACUACGUUGUGAUUAAAUUGGCAAUUCUAGGGCGUAAGAUACCAAUUUACCUGGAUUCUCAUUUCUCUCAUUCGAUAUAAAGUUUUUCUCGUAAUAUAUCAUUUUAUAAUAUAAGUUCCGUAUACUUACGUUUUUGUAUUUUGCCAUGCAGCCUUGAAAAUUAAAAUUUAUUUAAUAUAAUUAUCGACUUGACAUCUUAACUAUGAUUUUGUGCAAAAUUCGUUCGAAGAUAUCAGCUGUAAAACAAAACUUUUUUAAUUUUUUAACUUUGCCUGGAAAAUUACAUGAACAUAGAAUUUUUUUCGUUAACCACGAUGCCGAAUAUCAAAACUAAUUUAAGGGUUUGGAUAUAAAAUAAGCGACUUCUAUACUCACUAAUGUUAAUUAAGCUACCAAUGUCCUCUAAUUGCUACGAGGCUCUCAUUUAUGUUGGUUAUUCUGUUACAAAUUCAGUAAUGGUUGCCGAUACCGAUUCAGUAAUAAUUGCUGAUACCGAUUCAGUAAUAAUUGCUAAUACAGAUUCAGUAACAGUUGCCGAUACCGAUUCAGUAGUAACUGUUGAUACCGAUUCAGUAGUAAUGAUUGAAACAGAUUCAGUAAUGAUUGUUGAUACCGAUUCAGUAAUAGUUGUUGUUAUAUGAUCCUAAUGCGUUAUGUACAUAGCAGGUAGCAGUGUCAUAAGCUUAUUUUAAUCCACAAAAAUGUUUUCGUUCGUCAAUUUGCUCAUAACUUUAACUGAAGAACUCUGACACGCUGUACAUUAUUAUUAAUUAAGGACUAAUUAUAAUGAUAACGAUAUCACAGCAGCAGGUAUCUUGAGUGCCCAUAUAAUUACUUCUUGCCAUUUAUAUUUGUCUUAGGAAGCCAUUUGAAUCUUUGUUGUACCAUUUGUAGUGGGUUGAAGUACUGACUCGAGCCAGGCUUGGGUUGAAGUGCUAACGCCAGUAAUGUUUGGGUUGAAGUGCUGACGCGAGCCAGGCUUGGUUUGAAAUGUUGCUGACGCCAGCAAAUGUUCGGGUUGAAGUGCUGACAUCAGCAAUGUUUGGGUUGAAGUGCUGACGCCAGCAAUGUUUGGGUUGAAGUGCUGACGUCAGCAAUGUUUGGGUUGAAGUGCUGACGCCAGUAAAGCUUGGGUUGAAGUGCUGAUGCCAGCGAUGUUUGGGUUGAAAUUCUGACGCCAGCAAUGUUUGGAUUGAAGUGCCGAUGCCAGCAAUGUUUGGGUUGAAGUGCUGACACUAACAAGGCUUGGGUUGAAGUGUUGCUAACGCCUUCAAUGCUUGAGUUGAAGUGCUGACA